CCCGUUGCUGCGUUUAACUGCGUUCUCGGAAGAGAAAGGAAGUUAUUAAGCGAGCGGGUUGUCUUUUGAAAAGCGUCAAAAGCUGUGGUUUUCGCAACUGCAGCGCGACUAGAGACGGAGCCGGUCGGCCGGCUGUCUCAGUGGAGCGAGAAAAGUAGAGCGGCUAGCAGUAUAGCUCUGUCUUUUUGUGUCGGAAACGAGAAGUAAAAGUUCCCAACGACCAACAACGCUCCUCAGGGUCCUCUAUCCGCUCCAGCUUUAGCAACACUACAUAUUUUCAAAUCUUCAGAACUCGCCAGGGGUGAUGGGAUCAAUGAGUUGUAAAGAAAAAGCGGCCACAAUGACAGCAGGCAGUGAAGACUUCCUCGAGGCCGUUGUCGCCGAGUCUGCAGACCUGGCUGAAGGACAGAUGAAGGAAGUGGAAGUGGCCGAGAAUGUGAAAAUCCUAUUGGCACGCAGCAAGGGCGGCACUGUCAACGCCAUCGGCGCCAAAUGCUCCCACUACGGUGCCCCGCUGGUCAAGGGCGCGCUCGGCGACGGCCGCGUUCGUUGUCCUUGGCACGGGGCCUGCUUCAACCUGGCCACAGGCGAUAUCGAGGAUUUUCCCGGUCUGGACGGCGUGCCGAGCUACGAGGUGCGUGAGCUGGAUGGCAAAAUCGUGGUGCGCGCGCGCAGGAAGGACCUUCAGAGCAACAAACGCACUUGCCACAUGGUGCCCAAGGACGAGAACAAUAAAAAGACAGCCGUCGUAAUUGGAGGAGGGGCCGCUGGUGCAACUUGUGUAGAAUCUCUUCGUCAGGCUGGCUUCUCAGGCCGAAUAAUACUUCUGUGCGCUGAAGACUGCCUCCCAUAUGACCGACCUAAGCUGAGCAAGGCCUUGGACACUGAAGCAGCCAAAAUCGCUCUAAGGGAUGGCAAGUUCUACCAGGAUAAUGGAAUUGAUGUUCGUCUGGGGGCAGUUGUGGAAGCGGUCAACUCCGCAGAGAAGACGGUUACUAUUGUCGGAGGGGAAGUCGUCAGUUUUGAUGCGCUUGUUGUUGCUUCAGGUUCGAUGGCGAGAGGAGUGCAGAAUUUGCCUGGCGGAAACUUAAAGAAUAUUUUCACUCUGCGAACCGUGAAAGAUGCGAACCAGAUUGCCAGCAUUGCGAAGGACAAACGGGCUGUCAUCAUAGGAAACUCAUUCAUUGGUAUGGAGGUCGCCGCAUACUUGAAAGGCAAAGCAGCGUCUGUGGUAGUGGUCGGAAGGUCUUCAGCACCUUUCGAAGCAGUCUUGGGUGCCGAUGUGGCUGGGGCCGUGCUUCGCCUUUUCACGGACGCGGGCAUUGAACAUCUUGGUGGUCGCCAGGUGUCGGCCUUUGAGCCUGAUAACGUCAACCAAGAGCAGGUGUCGGGCGUUCGCCUCGAUGACGGCCGCCUGCUCGACGCGGACAUCGUGAUUGCUGGCAUUGGCGCAACGCCUUGCACUGCGUUCCUCAAGAAUUCCAGUGUUGAGCUUGACAAAAAUGAUUGCGUCAUCGUUGACCAGAACAUGCAGACCAACGUGAAAGGCAUUUUCGCAGCAGGCGACGUCACGGCUGCUCCUCUGUCUCUGAACGGCGAGAUGCUGGCCGCGCCAGUCAACAUUGGCCACUGGCAACUGUCCCAUUUCCACGGCAAGGUGGCUGGCCGCAGUGUGGCCGCCUUCUUGGCGGACCAACCCCAGGAUCUGGCGGUUCUCGACGCCGUCCCCUUCUUCUGGACCAUGCUCUUUGGCAAGAGCAUUCGUUACGCAGGCUACGGGGCUGGAUUUGAGGAGGUGCACCUCACAGGCGAUUUGACGCAGUUGCAGUUUGUGGCGUACUACUUGAAGGGUGGAAAAGCGGUUGCCGUGGCCUCCCUCAACUCGGACCCGGUGGCCGCACAGUUUGCCGAGCACUUGUCGGGCAAGCGACCGCCCAUCACCAAGGAGAAACUGCUCCAAGACCAUACCUACUGGCUAAAGUUGUGAAGUGUCGCACGAAAAAGUCCUCAAAGUCAUUUUUUCUUUCCUUAAUUUUUGUGAUGGUUAUUUCGAUUACAGUAUUGCAGCGGUGCUUAGGCUUAGGUUGUAAUUGAAAAGGGUUGCAGUCUCUGAUGAAAGACAAGGAUUAGUGGAUUGAUAGAUUUAUAUGAGCAAGUACUUAAAUGCUAUUUACAUCUCAUCAUUUUCGAUAUUUAUAUUCACAAAGCGCACAUGUAUAUUUUAUUAAAAUGAAUUGUUUAAAAACAUA